AUGACACUUAAAUUCUCAAAGGAUAUUGAAAUGGAGGAAGAUAAAUAAGAAAAUCUAACGAAAAAAACUCCCUCAACUAACUUAAAUAAAUCAAGCCAAGUAUCAAGACUAAUAGAUCCCAAGGGUCAAGGCAAGAAUAAGCCAUUAUUAUUUAAUAAGAUUUAAUUCAAGAAAGCCUAACUUGAGUUGGAAAACCUAAACAGAUAUGAUAGAAAAGCUCUAAUAAUAAAAACAAACCCAAAUAACAAACUCCAAUAACAAACAACAACAACAACAACAUCUAAUAGUAAUAGUAAUCACAACCAUUUUCAAGCUAUAAAUAAUCUAAUUGAUAUGCUAAAGACAACGGUAAGAUCAGAAAAAUAUUAAUAAAAUAAAUGA